UAUUUGGUGCCUCCUUGUACCAAUGUUUAUGGGUUUAAAUAAAAUAAAUAUUACUUAGUGUUUAGGUCUCCCAUCAGGAUGGUCAGGUCCUCUCCUGGGCACUUCUCUACGAUCGAUUGUAGCCUCCCACAAAACUAAUCUUUAUCGUCAUUGUUGCUAUAAUUGGUGGGUGGUUAGCACUGAAUAACAUUCGUUGUGAUCCCUUCCUUUGUUUUGAAGGAUGCAUUGAUGAUUAUGGAUCCAUGAGAUUCCCAUUCUAUAAGUAGUUUAUGCACUUCUUUGGAUAGCAUCAGUGGAAUUCGUUGUGCGUUCGAAGCAUUUCUUAUUGACUAGAGUACAACAACACCUCCAACUUAGUUCCAAUUGGUUUUUCUUAUAACGAGAACCGCCAAGUUGUAUCUCCUUAUUUCCUCAGCUAUUUGACUGGUCUUUUCAGUCUCCUACAUUGUCCGGACAUAACAUGUACCUAUAAUAAUUGUUGCUCGAGUUGUUAGAUGAGGCAUCAGUCAGGUGGUUUCUGAAGAAUCUUAGCUUUGAUCGUGAGGCGUUAUAAUUCUAAUGAGGAUCCUUCAACUCUCGAGAGCAGAGUUUGAAUGGUCUAAAUUGUUUUUUCUAGUUAGUGUUUUUUAGCAACGUUUUUUUACAGGAUGUGGUUUCUGACCCCAUGCCCAACAUUCAUUUUAUUUCCUGGUUUUGGACCGUCAGUAACCCUAGAAGGGCUACAGGUGGAGCUCGCUGUAUGCUUAUCCUGAAUAGAUUCAGGCUGAGUUGAUCUUAAUGAGAAUCAGAGUCCAAGUAUACUUUCCGUUGUAAUGAGUGGUAUGCGAUUCAGUAAGUACUUCUUAUUGAAAAAGGAAGCUCCACGUUUCAUUUUAUUUUGUUAAUUCGUGUUCACAUCCAAUCAGCUGAAUAAAAUUGGUGAAAUAGCAUCUGUUGGCUCUGGUUGUUUUCUGCCUAAGACACUAAGUCUCAACGGCUCGCUUGGUUAUACUCGGACUAUAACAACCUAAUGGUUAUAUAUAUCAUGUCAAUCCGUACUGAAAUGAGGGUAAAAAACUGUCUUUUACUAGCUCUUCGUCAAGGUACUGAUUACUGGAAUUAUCUUUAUUUACCAAAAAUUAUGGUUUUCAACCUAUCAGAAAGCGUUUCUCGUUAUCAAUAAAGAAAAGUUAUCUUUAUGAAAUGCUGUUACUUUUAACCCCUACAGGUUACCUUAUCUCUGCUCAUUUGUUUUUAUGUUAAUUUCAUUCUUUAUUUAUGAAACAAUGGCAUUCAAAGUACUCAAAUCAUUUGACUUUUGACCACUGAUCUGGGGCUGAUCGUUUACAUGUAAUAUUGUAGUUUUAAACAAUCGAGAAUCAUGUAUAACAUAAGUAUCUAUGUACCUAUGUAGCUGAUUGUCCUAUGUAUCUUAAAACAUUUAACUGUCUCUAUGAAAUAAGAGCUGCAGCUUAAUGUUUCUGUAACUGAGUAGCAUCAUUAACCUUCAAACUUAGAGUGGCUCAUACCAAAGAACCUAAUGAAUCAGUCAAUUUAUUGUUUAGUUUUAUUCAACGGGAUACAGUAAAUAUAUCCUCGCCGUGAUGAUCAGUGUACAUAAUGAUCUACUUGAUAAUAGUAUUCGACAAAUGUAGAAUCGUUCAUAUGAUACAUCCGAAUUGUCAUAAAGUGCUUUGGUUUCCUCGUUUAUUGCCACUAGAAAAUGUGUCCAAUCUCAAAAAAUACUAAACUCUAGUAAUUUUUUCGGCCAACUUUAAAUACAAAUGUAUUAGAUUGAAACUUUAGUUAGCUAGUUUCUUGUUACACUCAUAGUGUUUACAAAUUAUUCUUCUUCAAAGUCCUAUUACUUGAUAUUCUGGUGCUCAUUAACUUGAUAAAAUCGUAACUUUUAUAUCACAAGUCACCUUUUAAUUUAUGCUAAAGUGAAGCACUUAGUUUGAUUUUCCAACUAACUUGGAGUUUAGUCUCUUACGAUCAGAUAUUUGACCUCAUCGGAUGAUGGGAUUGUCAAGAAUGAGAACUAUGGUAUGGUCUAAUUCAGUCAAAUAACUUUUGAUAGUUGUAAAAUUGUAUUCUCUAUUUAUAUUUUUAGUAAUUCAUUAUCCCACCCAUUAAAUAUUAGUUUAUGCAUUUCAUUUUUAUGUUUUAGACUUAUGUCGCGUCAGUUAAAUUUUGUAACUGGUAAUCCAAACAAAUUGACUGAAUUCCUUAAAAUUAUUGGUGAGGAAUUUACUGGAAAAGUAAAAACAGUUGAUCUAGAUUUACCUGAAGUUCAAGGUAGUAUCGAAGAAGUGAGUAUACAAAAAUGUUUAUCUGCUUUUAAAAUAAUCAAUGGACCUGUAUUAAUCGAAGAUACAGCACUUUGUUUUAAAGCACUGAAUGGAAUGCCUGGACCUUUCAUUAAAUGGUUUUUAAAAGCGGUUGGUCCUGAUGGACUACCUCGUAUGUUGAUUGACUUCAAUGAUUAUCGUGCAGAGGCUGUAUGCACUUUUGCUUAUUGUGAUAGCCUCGAAAAACCAGUACAGUUAUUCACUGGUAUCACAUCAGGUUAUAUUGUUUCACCUCGUGGACCACGUGAUUUUGGAUGGGAUUGCAUAUUUCAACCGGAUAACUUUGAACAAACUUAUGCUGAAAUGGAUAAAUCUAUAAAAAAUUCCAUAUCACAUCGAUCUAAAGCGUUAGAAAAAGUGA